UGAAAUUAUUUCCGACGAAAUUCGGUUUGAAAAAAAUCGGAUUGAAACUCCACUGUACCCAAAUUGAAACGAAUGACCGCACAUCAUCAUCCAAUUUCCCUUUAUCUUUUUUUUUGUCCUCAUAAGUAAUGUCAUUCAACGACUUGGAGCAAGGUUUCGGUGCUUCUGGCAGUCCGAGAAAUGCUCGACUGGGAGGAGGCUCUGAAGACGAUGACGACAGAGAAUACAAAACUUUAACACAGCGAGUUUCCCAACAAGUGUUCCAUAUUAACGGAAAUAUCUCAAGUAUUGAACGACUGGUCGGAUUCCUUGGAGGACCACGAGACACAGCCGACAUUCGCAGCAAAUUACACGAUGUAACGGAAGCGACGAGAGAACUCAUUAAGGAUUCCACCAGUGAUAUCAAGAAUUUGGCACAAUAUCAAUCCUUGGAUAGUCGAAAAGCGCGACAACGGAAACUAGAACAACAGAAGCUAUCAAAGGACUUUCAAAAGGUCUUGGCAGACUUUCAAAAGGUUCAACGGUUAUCGGCAAGCAAGCAACGAGAAUACGUCGACAAAGCAAAAGCCACGGCGGCAAAACUACAGAACCAAGCUGCGGUUGACGAAGAGUUGGAACGCGAACAACAAGAGGAAUCACCGUUUGUCGAUGACACACAAAGAAGGAUUCAGCUUCAAGCUCUGGAUAACGAAAUUCAAUAUAAUGAAGUAUUGAUCUCCGAAAGAGAAGGAGAAAUUCAAGGCAUUGAGCAGGGUAUCACGGAGCUCAACGAAAUCUUCCGUGAUCUUGGCAUGUUGGUCAACGAACAAGAAAGCGGCAUUCAAAGCAUUUAUGGCAAUGUGCUCAACAUUGCUCAGAAUACCCGACAAGCUGCGGAUGAACUUACUGUAGCCAACCGUCACCAGAAGAACGCGAGAAAGAAUAUGUGCUGUUUGCUUCUUAUUGUAGCCGUAGUGGCAUGUGUUCUAGCCCUCAUCAUUGUUGUUGCCAAGUAACUGCAUGGUACCAAAUUUAUCAGCACCUCUUGUAGAGUGGAUUUGUUUCCGACAAAUUUGAUCAAAGUUAAACUAAUUUUAAUGUAUCUAUCCCCAAUAUCAUAUUGUAUUCAAUUUCUGUGUACAGAUUCUUUCUCCUCGUGGUUUAUUAUUUACCAUGUUCAGCUGCGUGUCGUCUUGCACUGUUUGAUUGGGUUUAUGACAUUCAUGGAACAACAAACUCAUCCCUGCUGGCAGUCCAACAAACGGCCACUGCAAUGUCAAACUUUAGCUUGUUGUGUAAUUGGAUGAUGUAUCGGCAAAUAUGGCUGUAUGGCAAAGCAAGAUGAUAUUGUUGAAAUAAAAUAAAACG